AUGGACGAGCUGCGAAUGUCUGGUAAUUGCUUGAAAGGCUCGCGACCGGUGCUUUCCUUUGAUGGCGCAUUCGAUUCGCAGCCACAUCUUGCACUCAUUAAACAGCUUUUUCUUGAGACAUUCAGCACCCCAGACCAUCAUCCUAGAAGCAAACCAUUCAUCGAUCACGUUUUCACGUUUUCAUUAACACCGGACGGGAAGAUAUGGUUUCGGAACUUUCAAAUCGUUGAUGAAACAUUGGAGCUUCAGGAAAUUGGACCUCGUCUGGUACUCGAGGUAAUUCGUGUCUUUGAUGGCUCGUUUGAAGGAUCGGUGCUGUAUGACAACCCCGAAUACGUCAGUCCAAAUACGAUUCGAAGGGAAAUUAAGAAGAAACACUCGAAUAAAUAUAUACUGAAGAAGCAGGCUGAGAUGGUGAGUUACAGAUUCACAAGCAGAUUGACAUGA